AACUUUAUAUACAUACAUGCAUACAUGUUCUUGUUAUUGGUAUCUAGUAAUAAUAAAUUUUUUUGUUUAUUUCUUUUUAAGAAAUUUGAAAUUAGUAGAGGCAUGAAGUGAGUGGAAUUACCCCCUUCUGUCUUAUUCGAGGGAAUAUAAUGCUUCUUGAUUUAUUUGGUAAUUGAUAUUUACAUCCAUCCUGUUUGAUAGAGACACCCACACAUAAGGCAUCAAUACAAAAGUUUUAUUACCAAAAGUAGACAUUAAGGGUGUCUCUAUCAAACAGGUGGGUGUGCCUAGUGGCUCCCUUUAUUUUCUUUUAAAUGGAGAGAUUUGUUGAUUCUUUGAUUGACGGUCUAAAUGCGCCUGUCUCCAUUUGUAUAUAUAUAUUUUUUCUAUGUAUGCAGCACAUGUAAAUGAGAAAAACCCAAUUAUCGGAAAGCGUCCAUAUGUCUUCUUUUGAUAUAAUUAAGCUAAUAAUUCCCUCUUUGUUCUAUAAAAAUCAUGACCAUCGUGCUAAAAAGCAGAGAAAAUGAUUAUCUUACACAUAAGUAUGUUAAUUUAAAGAUUGCGUACUUACAUUUUCAAUAGAGGGUGCAUUUCUUUCUUAUUGCGGAUGGUUUUUGCAUGAAUUGGGUCUAUGUAGGCUUUCAUUUCUUUCCAGACAUAGUUAUUGUUUGGUUGACAAAGGCUCUCAAUGUAUUGGAGGAGGAAGGACUUCUUUUCCUUGACAACAAUAGAUAUUAACUCUUUGUUUUAUCUCGUAAUAAUUGCGGUUGUUGUUUCUUUAUCAAAUUCUCAAUGGUUAUGAUUUGUAAUGAAUUUGUUGCGAUUUGAUUUGCCUUCUUCGAAUUAUCAUCUGUAACUUGGCAAUUAGCUUUUUCGUGCCUGACAAAAGUCAUGGGUUCCUUUCAAUAGGGUGUUGUAAUCAUUUAAAUGAGAAAUUUGAGGAAUUGACGUGGUUGAUCAUCCCCACCAUAUUGCAGUCUUCUUUGGGCUCUCCUCGUGUAUGCUGAGAAUCGUUUGGUUCUUUUCUCACUAGUCUCUUGCUUUCCGCUCUCAAAUCAUGGUGCUUCUGGCAAUGCAUAUCUCUGACACGAAGGCCCAAAUAUAUACCUCUUUAUCAAUGCAAGUGCUGCUAUGAAGAUCAUUCCUUUGUGUCGCUUUGUGGAGGGGGUGCAGUCCUGUAGACCCAUUGCCUGCACUAUUAUUUGAUGCAUUUUCUGCUCUUGGCUGUUUAUUUCAGAGCUUCUGUAAUCCCACAUGUGCUCAAGGAUCGAAGAUACACAGAUUAAAUAGUCUGAAAGGGGAAGAAAUUGAUGCUUUGCACGUCAGGCAUUUUGGUCGAAGAUUCUGCAUGGUGGAAUCGAUUGAAGAAUCUUGUGUCUUGCCAUGAAAUGAAAAUUUUCUUCUAAGAAAUUACAUCGGGCUUGUGGAUUCAUUCACGAAAGGAAGGUGCUUCGUCGGAUUGAUUUUUUGAGAUGAUCGGCUGCAGUUUUACACAUGGCAUUGUGUUUGCAUGCUGGAUGCUGCUUGAUCUGUGUUGAGAUUUUAUGAGACGUGAAAGGAGUUGAAUUCUGCAUCAGAUGGGUGGUGUUGUAUGAUACGAACCAAACUAUUCCUGGGGUGUGUGGUGUUCCAUAGCUGAGAUUUUUUUAGAAGGGUUCUGUUUAAUCCUCUAUAGUGGACCACUAAUUGCAAAGAAAUAGGGCCCAAGAACCAUGAACGACUUAAAUUCAGAGGGUCCGAAGUCGUGGAGCGUUUAUACAGGGGCUAAUCCAAGUCCAUCGCAGACAGCAGCAGAUAGGGAGGCUCCUUGGAAGAGCUUCGGCACAUCCAUGAAUGCCAUCUCUUUCGGUUUUGUAGCCACAGCAAUCUUGAUAUCCAUGUUUCUCAUCAUGGCGAUCUUUGAGCAUUUGCUGAGGCCAAGGGCCUCUUUCCUAUCACCUCGGAAUGGUGCUGAAGGAUCCUUGGAGUCAGGUCCCAUGCGGUCUCGAAUGCAUUUACUAGAGAAACUUGGCAACCCACCAACUGUGGCGACUUCAUAUUCGCGUGAUUUCUCCGUGAUGAUGCCAGGGCAACGCUAUCCUACUUUCAUUGCUCAACCUGCCCCUCUCCCUUGCUCCAGAGAAGGAAUACCCUGGCCUUCCCAUGAUAGUGGGUUUCGUUCCCCUUAGCCUUGGCUCUCUCUCUCUCUCUCUCUAUAUAUAUAUACACAUUGAGGAACUAAUAUGUUCCUUGACCCCAGGAUAUGCAUAAUUUAUGUAUCCCGGGCCUUGAGUUUGGAUAGUUGGAAUCCUGUUUUGGUGAUCUAUACCAUUCAUAUGAUGGGCCUCUCUUUGGAUUGGACCAUGCCCUGAGACAAUCUCCAGUCUGGGAAAGCAUCCCGGACAACCCGAGUCUUGGCCUUUUACGGGCUUUGUGGUCAAUCCAAGGUGGGCCCACCAAAAACAAUCUGGAUGACCAAACAAUGAGCCCACUGGUAUAGAGUUUUGAGGUGAGGCAACAAUAUGCAUAUCCCAGGUUCAAGGAUCAUUUGAUUCAUCAGAUAAUCAUGCACAGAGCCUUUUGAUGGGUCUGCCUGUCAUUGUAUGGAAAUCCAAUUCUGACUGAAAAUGGUUCAUGAUUGUAAAUUUAUGCCAAGAGUGCAUUCUCUGUUACAAGGGCCCCCUUUUUUUCUUUUUUUUUUGGUUACCCUUUUUUCCCCUUUCUUUUUUUCCUUUCAAAUUCCCAAUAUUAGUGCCACAUUGUAUUUGGCAACUUGAGUCCAUAAAAUUUAGAAAACAAUGUAAGAACAGCAAUCGGUUUGUUUGAUCCUCUUAUAUGAGGAAAGUAUGUGUAUGUUUUGUUUUAAUUGAUUUUAUUGGUUUCCUUUC